UCGGCCUGUAUGCCGCAGAAAUUCACGAAAACAAUGCGGCCGCUGCUCGAAGAAGACAGCUACUGUCUUUAAUUCCUCCAGUUGGUGAACUGAUUCCCCCAUUAACAUGGCGGCCGAGACAUGUGCCGCUGUCACGUGCUUCCUGAUCACGUCGAUUGCACUCGCCAAUGGUCAAUUAUUAUCCACGGAACAUCGAACACACGCAGCUGCUGAACGAGGGAACGAUCUAUGGUGUUAUCAUUGCGACACAAUGGACGAUGGAGAGAGAUGUUCCAAUCUAACCGGAAAUUAUAGUGCUUUCGAGCACAAGUGCACUGGUGACAAAAGGACUUGUAUGGUGAAGCGAUUUUCUUACACGACCAGUACCGAGAAUUCAACGUCGAGCCCUCAGACAUGGUCGAUAGAAAGGGACUGCACAAGCAAAUGCGAUCCUGGAUGCAUAGUGAUCGGUGAACGUACAAAAUUACACGCUUGCACUGACUGCUGCGAGCAAUCGUUCUGCAACGUUGGUACCGGUACUGGGAAUCGUUUGCUAAUGAACGGAAUCGAUCUGUUUCUAGCUGUAACAUUACAAAUUAUUUUAACUGUUAUCCUGUAUCCGUCGUGACCCUGUAAAUAAAACAACAUCC